AACGAAUAGGUUGUGCGGAUUCUGGCGAUGAUUGUGCUAUUGUUUGCGAUUUGUUGGCUACCAAUACAUGUGUUCAGUCUAUUAGUUUGGUUUUAUCCCCAAAUACUGAAAGUACAGACAAAACUCGGUUACCGGACAUUCAUUUGGACGUAUUUUGUCUGUCAUUUCAUGUCUAUGGGGCACAGUUUUGUCAAUCCUAUUGUCUACUGUUUCAUGAGCUCCAACUUUCGCGUAAAUUUGUGUUCAGUGCUAAACAAAUACAUUUCACGUCUGAAGUGCCGGCGCUCUGACUACCGGUUCGACGGCGAGAGUGAGUCCAACACCAGAAGUCAAUUCGUGAGCCUUUACUCCACGAAAUACAAGAGGAGAACCAAUAAUGAGAAGACUGACAAACAGAUCGACGACAAGACCGAUGUCUGA